AUGGUCAGCGCAACCCUCAGCCCCGGCUCAGCCCAGAGCGAGGAGAACUCCCAGUUCUGGUGGGACGAGAUCUCUCAUCCCCUCUACUCCCUCAUGCAGAGUGCUGGCUAUUCUGUCGAGGACCAAGAACAGUACGCCGACUUCGUGAACCGGUUCGUCGUCUCGUCGCUGGGCCCUCGUCCAAACACCAACAAGGCCGGCGCUCGCCUGCCUCACUUUGACAGCUUCUGCUCCGACGACUUCUCGCCCGCGGAGCUCAGCUGGAACGUAGGGCUGACAAGGUCCAAGAUCCGCGUCGGCUCCGAGCCCAUCGGACCUUUUGCUGGAACCUCGAAAGAUCCCUUUAAUCAGGAUGAGCCCGAGGUCGUCAUGUCGCGCCUGCUGCGCUAUGGCAAGGGCGACGUCGAUGCUGAGUUGUGGGAGUUCUUCAAGAAGCACCUUCACGUCGAAGCAAAACACGCCAACACCAUCGUGUCGAAGAUGGCACCCAAUGAACAUAUGACAACGAACACCAUUUCUUUUGAUCUCGAAGGUGAUCACCCAGCACCGAAGGUCUACUUCUACCCUAUCCCCAUCACCCUGCUCACAAACAACUACGCCGGCGAGCUCAUCACAGACGUCAUCUCUCAGCUGCCUCUGAACCUGAUGCCAUCAUUCGACUACGUCCGUGACUUCGUCUACAAGUACAAGCACGAACGUGACAACAUCAACAUCCUCCGCCUGGAGCUCAUUGCCUUCGACGCAAUCAAACCCACAGACGCGCGCUUCAAGCUCUACUUGCGCAUGAAGGAGACGUGUCUCGCGCGUGUAGAAGAGGUCUACUCUCUCGGGGGCUCCCUCAAGGGCCCCGAGAUCGAAGGCGGCCUGGAGCUCAUCCGCUCGUUUUACAUGCACGUCUUGGGACUCACGGCUCCCGAGGAGGAUCUCCCGAGGAGCACGCACAGAACGGCGGGUAUCAUCUUCAACAUGGAGAUCAUGCACGAUCGACGUGAGCCGCUGCCGAAGGUGUACAUCCCGGUGCGACACUACGGCGGAACGGAUUUGCGCAUUGCGCAGUCGCUCAGCAACUUCUUCAGAGCUUGCGGGUUUACGCAUCUCGCGGACACAUACGUCGAGGCGGUGCAAAAGGCAUUCCCAACUCAGGACUUCUCCAACACUAUUGGGAGACACUCGUACGUCGGCUUGUCGUUCAACAAGGAGGGACCUUACGUCACAAUGUACUAUAACACCAUGACUUUUUCGGCGGGUAAUGAGCGGAAUCCCGAUGGCAAGCUUGUUGGGCCUGCGGCGUGGCAACAGCGUCAUUUGCUAGAUUAA